AUGGCCUCCCUACCCAUCUUCAACACCGGUGAGACCUGGUCUCAACUCCACUCCAACCUGCAAAAGCAGGUCAACCAGCUCGUUCACGAUGUGAAGGAGCUCCAGGCCGAGCGAGUGGUGGCUCGGACCACCAAUGACGCCCUGAUCCGGGCAGGCGCGGCGGCCGAGACCGCCAAGGCCGAGGCCGAGCGCAAGCUGGCUGUUUCGCGUGCGCUCUUUGAGAGCAUGCACAAACACCACCGCGCCUGCCCCGGCAACAUGAGCACCCAGGACGACCAAGCCUGGGAUUACGGCGUGAAGCUCCAAGACCAAAACAAGGAGCUCACCAAGGAAGUCAAGGAGCUCAAGGACGAGCGAUCCCGCCUCGAGAACGACCUGGCGUUCAAGACCCAGGAAUCCGAGACCAAAGAGAAGGAGGCCGCGGUCCUCCAGCACCGCAAGGAUGAGCUCACCCAACAGCUCACAAAGGUGAGGCAGAACCUUGAGCAAGAGACCAAGGACGCCGCCGACAUCCGCAACAACCUCGACACCGCCUACGCGGACCUCACGCGCAAAGAGGAAGAGCACCGCGCCCUACGCAAGCAGAAGGACGACGCAGAAGCCGAGCUCUACAGCGCAAAGCUCCAGAUUCAAGAUGCGCACGACCACUAUCAGCAGUCGCAGAAGCGCGUCGAGGAGCUGGAGUCUCAGCGGUCCGCCAUCGAGGCGCUCGAACAGGAAAAUGCGACGCUGCAGAACGAGGUCGACAACAUGCAGGAAGCACUCAACGACCACGACCGUACCGUCCUCGUCAAAGACGCGCGCAUCGCAUACCUUGAGAACCAGGUCCAGAAGGCCUUGACUGCAGCCGCAAGAGCUCAGGACGAGCAAAACAAAGCGAAUGCUGCCGAAGACCCCACCACUGCCGAGUCAACCUCUGUCGCCAUCGCGCCGGUUGUGUCGCUGCAAGACGAAUUCGAGGACCUCUCCGAACCCGCCGACGACCUUUUCGACACCGAAGCCGCAUCCCAACUCGAACCCAGCCUUGAGCUCGUCACCGCUAUCACCACGGCUAACAUUGCGCCGUUCGAUGCGCCCACGACUACUUCCUCUACGCAGACAGCUGUGUCGCCCGCUCAAGCCGUUACAUAUUCGACCCAGACAGAGGUCUCUACGACUGCCGACAUUGCGCCUAUCGAUGCGCCCACAACUACUUCUUUCACACAGACAACUGUGUCGUCCGCUCAGGCCCUUACAUCUUUGACCCAGACAGAAGUAUCUACGACAGCCGACAUUCCUCCCACAGAACCCCAGCAGCCCGCACUGGACAUCGCGCUUGCAACCCCGGUCGCCAUUGCUCCCGUUGAGCCUUCGACGACGCUAUCGGCAUCGGACGUGCGCAUUCUAUGGGAUAACCAGAUCGAGCCAGCACUCAGGAAGCUUGUCCCAUCCUCCAGUCAUACCGUCCACUUCAUCGUCGAGAGGGUGCAAGAUCUGACAGACUCCAUGCGCACAACAUCAGCCACCCAGGUAGAGCACGAAGAGACGGAGGCAGAAGAGCUUAGCAUCUCGCCCUUUACUACGGCAGCUCACAUUGCGCCGGUUGAAUCUUCUACCACGCAGACUGACCCUCCGAAGCUCACGCAAACCGGAACGUCCACUGUCCUUGACCUACCGUCUGUCGUCCACGAAGAUCGACACACGCAAACCAACAUCCAGUCUCCGUCUCACGUCGUCGUCGUGCGCAAGAAGAGCAGUAUCUUGAGCCUUUCUACUGCUCUCGCCCUCUUCUUCGCUCUACUAAGCAUCUUCUACUACGUGGAGCUUGAGUCAUGGAAGCACAGCAACAACCGCGCUGGUGUCAACCGCCUGUACAACUCUAUGGGCUACCAGCGUCGUGGUCGCCACCUUUUUCGGCACCAUUCCAGUCUGCUACGAGCAGGGGAGAGACGUGGUUGA